UGCGCUUCGGCGACGAGGACAUAACUUGGCAAGAUGAGCACUCGGCUCCUUUCUCCUGGGAAACAAGGAGUCAGAUGGAGUUCAGCAUCUCCUCCUUAUCCAUCCAGGAGCCUGGCACAGCCACCAUGACUAGUGAUCCCAGGCCCCUGGCCAAGGCUCCUCAGGGCACACAGGCUGCCAAGCCUGCCCAAAGCAGCAGAUCUUCUAGCCUGGAUGCCCUGGGACCUUCAAGGAAAGAGGAAGAAGCAUCCUUUUGGAAGAUCAAUGCUGAGCGCUCUCGGGAGGGGCCUGAGGCCGAGUUCCAGUCGCUGACACCCAGCCAGAUCAAGUCCAUGGAGAAGGGAGAAAAAGUCAUGGCCGCUUGCUACCGCCAGGAGCCCAUCACAAAAGACAAGGAGGUCAAGGCUAUACCCCAAGAACAACAAACCCUCUCCAGUGUAAGCACAGAGCAAGAGGUGCCCCAGCCUGUGCAAGCCCCUGCCAGCUUGCUGCCCAAGGCCACCCCCAUUGAGUCCCCAGAGAAGUCAUCGCCUCCCGCUGCCCAGCAGGAUGAAGAAGACGAUGCUCUGUUCUCAGAGCCUGUGUUUUCACAGAUCAGCUCAAGUAACACCCUCUUGAAGACGGGCUUUGAUUUUCUGGACAACUGGUAAACAGUGCUACCUGGAAAGACAGCCAAGAGCCCCCAGUGUGGCCCAAGUGGUGUUCAGAGGAGAAGGCAGCUCCGCCUAUGUAUUUUCCUGUUUUCUCUGCUCUUUUCUUAGUCUUUUGGGAACUAGGAAAUAUUGCCAGGGUUUCUUUUUUUUUUCUUUUUCUUUUUCUUUUUUUUUUCUUUCUUUUUUUUGGUAAAACCAAAUAGAUAAAUACACUAUUUUCAAGGAUUUGAUAACAAGUUUUACACUUGGGAUUUUUAAAGACUAAGAAUCCAGUAAAUAAAACUUCUGUUCCCAGCUCCAUCUCACUUAUCCUUCCAAGAAGGUUCUCGGACCAAGUCACAAAAUGUCACAAAGGUGAUGCCCUCUUCUCUUUGCACCCUCUCCAGUCCUUUUCAUGUUGGGGGCUCCCUGGAUGGAUGUGGGCUGCUGGCUGUCACUGUGGAAGAUUCAUCCUUACAAAUGGGCUCUCCUGGUACCCUUCCUUCGCUGAAGCCACAUUUGGUGUUCUUCUCCUCCCCUCCUUCUAGGAAACAGACUGCUGGCAGGUGGCAGGUGCCUCUAAGCCAUCCCGGUGACUUACUCGGAGCUUUGAUUGUUUAGAAGCAGUUGCCUGUUGACAGGUUUUCUAUCCGAUUCUCACUGUUUUAUAUGUAGCUGCAGCAGCUUCCUUGGUUUUGUAGGAGUUUUCUUCUGGAAGUUAUUAUAACUGUCCUGCUAGUGUCCCAGUCCUGGCCACUAUGGGAGUCAGGGUGGUGACAGAGGUGCUGGAGAACAGGGCUCUUCUGAUUCACUGUGUUAGAACCGUCCAGUGUGAGACGGGCAGGCUUGGCCAUUCUUUGCCCCAGUCUGAUCAAGCUGUGUCAUGAAGGCCUCUCCCCGAGACUUGACCACCUUCAAGUGCAAGAGGCCUUCCUGAGGGUUCCAGAAACUUCCCCCUUGCAGCCCUGAGAGUUCACAGCAGCAAGGCUGGGUGAGGAGCAUGCACCUCACCCAGAUACACUGUUCUUUGUCCUCAUGGCUGGCCUGCCAUGGCCUCUGGACCACAUGCAUCUGCAGGAGGUGCCAAGCAGAUCUGUGAGCUCUGGGUGGCAUGGUCUACCCUUCACCGUUGCUCCGUUCUCUUCACCUGAAGCCUUAAUCUCCAUGAGCCCCCUCCUCUGAGCGCCUGGUUUCAGUACUGAAAGGUGUAACCUUCUUAAUGCCUGUGUCGUAGGACUUUCUGAAAUAACUUCUGGAAUAGUCUCUUUGGCCGUGUUUACCAAGGUAAAGCACACAGCAACUAUCCCACCCUUCUCUCCCCUAGGAAAACAUGCCAAAGCUGUACUUAGCCAAUAUUGAUGUGAUACCUGCCAAUUAGCUUAUGUCCUAAACCUCCCUUUGUCCCUUGGUCCCUUGGGUUUGGAUUUGCCUUCCUCUAGCAACAUUUGACCAGUCAUCUUUCCAUAAUGUUGUAGAGCAGUUGAUAGGAGAAGGAUAGAAAAGCUUCUGGCACACAAGGAAAAAAAUAACUUGCAAGCCACCAUUGGCACAGGCAAGCCACCAUUGGCACAGCCCAGACUGGCACUCACUCUUCAGGGGAGUCCAGCACGGCUGCCAUGUGCCCACCCUCCUACCCCCGUGCGGAGGGUUGAUUUGAAGCCUGUGCAUGUUUUCCUUCCCUGUAGGUCUAAGGUUCCUGCUAUUGACAUAGCAGGAAGGAGAAGGCUCGCCCUGGCCACUUGACCAGGGUGAUUAGUCUGCUCUCCGUGCAGACAUUUUCACUUCUUCCCACUUUCUCCUAAUUCCCUUCUAGUUUCUCCAGUGAAAACAUGGAGAGGGGCUGAGUGUAGGCACGGUGUUGUUUCUCAAGGAGGCCUCCCAAGAGCAGGUGGGAAAUCACAGGGAGUCUAGGAGGGAUCCUAAAGGACUCACCUGACCUGGGUCCUUGCACCUGGGCAGGGUCCACACCAAGCUGGCUUCUUGGUCUCCCCCAAGGACUCUGUGGCAGUGCCCAGGAGAUUGGCCAGGUGUUUACCACCUUCUCUUCCUCCGGCAUCCUGAUGAAGUACAUUCAUCAUUUCUCUUACAGUACAUUCUUUGGCUGAAGCCUGUGUAUGAUUUUGGACUCCACCACACACCCAGGCUCAGCAACUGGGAGGCAGCUCCAGGGCUCUGUGUCUUGCUCUUGGUGGCUGUAUUUGACAAAAGCUCUCAGGAACCAAGACUGUGCCUGUUUGGGCUGUCCCUAAAUCCCAGGCCCUCAAGGCUUGGAUGUGCUCCCAUUAGGAACAGGGGAGCGGCCUCCUGGCCAGGUGUGUCCCUCAUGCUAGGGCCAGAAGUGGCCUUCUGUUCUUCACACCACCCUCUCCUUUGAUACAUGUUUUCAAAAUGGUAAAUUCUUAUUGACAGAUUAUAACUUGGUCCUAUUUUGUACUAUUAGCCUUUAAUAAAGCCAUUUUAAAAUGAGA